CGCCGGCCGCCCGUGUGCUACAGUGAAGACGCCACGCCGCCCCGUUGUCCCAGCGUCCCGUUUAUCUAGCGCCCCGUUUAUCUAACGCCCCGUUUCUCCGGCGUCCAGUUUCCCCAGCGUCCCACCGUCCCUGCCAUGCGCGCCGCGCCACACUGACACACCAAGCCACACUGUUGCUCGCUGCAUCGAUUCCGACGCAUGACUCCCGUGUAAUCGUGAAGUGAUAAUGAGCGUGCGAAAUGAGGACCCCAGUGGAUGUCCUGACCUACUUCAAUAUUGUACAUCGAUCAAAGAAAUUUACGUAAUGUACGUUUUUUAAUACGUACGAUUGACCGGCGACCAAGGUGGUAGUGCUAUUUGAAUAUGGCGUCAUCGGUCCGCAAAUAGUGCCGGGCGGGGCGAUGGGUCUGACGUAGCGGUAUGGAGGAGGAGAGGCGGCUGUCCUUCCCGCCACCGGCGCCGUUGCACUCGCCCGGAGAGGAGAUUGACGGCUCCCGUCUUCUGGGAGAGAUAGUCCGUACGUUAGAAGCAACUAAUCCCGAUGCCGUCGCUCCACUGGUCGCGUCGCGAUCCCGGGACACGCUUGAUGCGGAAGAGGAAAAGCCUCGGCGGGAAGAACUUCGGAUACCCCUCGAUGUCACGUUCUCGGAGUCUGUUGGACGGAGUGAUGAGCCCCGGGCGGUUGUCACUCCGUUCACGCGUGAGUCCGCCAAACGUGCUGGUUCUAGGGGUGCGCAACUGGUUAGAGAGUUCGGCUUCAUGCCUCGACGGCGACUCAGCGUUGAAGACGGAGCUCGGUUACCGAGGAAGUAUGAACCCUUCCCGCCGAAAUUGUACGGAAGGCCAUUGGAGGAGAUCGACAAUUUUAUUUACGAUGAGACUUUCUGCGUGGUGUCCAAGAGGUUCCGUAAGAACUACAUCCACCGGUUCACUGCCACGAGAUCGCUUUUCUGGUGGUCACCGUGGUCCCCAGUGCGACGUGCCUGCGUCUACCUCUCCACCAACCAGUACUUCGACUACUUCGUCAUGGCCACCAUACUGCUCAACUGUGUCUUCCUCGCCAUGUCGGAGACUAUCGAAGAAGCUGAAUACAUAUUUCUGGCGAUAUACACUGCGGAGAUGAUAAUAAAAUGCAUAGCGAAAGGUUUUAUACUUAAUAAGUAUACUUAUCUACGGAACCCAUGGAACUGGCUCGACUUCGUGGUAAUAACGUCUGGUUACGCCACCAUCGGCAUGGAGGUUGGCAACCUUGCUGGCUUGCGGACGUUCAGAGUGCUAAGGGCUUUGAAAACUGUUUCCAUCAUGCCCGGUCUGAAAACUAUUAUCAACGCGUUGCUACAUUCCUUUAAACAGCUGGCGGAAGUAAUGACCUUGACAAUCUUCUGCCUCAUGGUGUUUGCACUAUUUGCUCUUCAAGUAUACAUGGGGGAGUUGAGGAAUAAGUGUGUACAGAACUUGGUUAUACCACCCGGCGAGAACUUCACUGACGAGCUGUGGUCACAAUGGAUAAGCGAACCCUCACACUGGAUGGUGGAUGAUGAUGAGGUGCCUAUUAUCUGUGGCAAUCUGACCGGCGCUAGGCACUGCCCGUCUGAAUACACAUGCCUCUGUGUAGGACCCAAUCCAAACCACGGUUAUACCAACUUCGACAAUUUUCUAUGGUCCAUGCUCACUACGUUUCAACUCAUCACCCUGGACUAUUGGGAGAACGUGUACAAUAUGGUUCUAUCGUCGUGUGGACCGAUGUCGGUGUCAUUUUUCACUGUUGUGGUCUUCUUCGGCUCCUUCUACCUCAUCAACCUGAUGCUGGCUGUGGUGGCACUGAGCUACGAAGAAGAAUCGCAGAUAACACAAGAGGAAAGAAAAAAGGAUCUAAACGAACAUCGCGACGAUUCCACGUUCAGCUUUGAUCCGACGUCUCUAGCUGUUCGGACCCUCGCCAAGGAUUCUAAGAAACGUAUUGAUGCAAGGAAAGGCCUGCUUUUAGCAUCGUACUCACGGAAGAGGACGAGGCGACGCAAACGAGGGAAAAGCACGAUACACCACACGAACACUGUCACUGUUAGUGAAAGAUCCCGGUCACGGUCACGGUCUCGCUCAGUUACGCCAAGCGGCACGCCUCCACCGCUGCCUGCGCCAGCGCCGCCACCACCACCGUCACAUACCUUACAUCCAGAUAAUGCUUUGGGUAGGGGAGCCCUAAGCAUGGCGGGUCGUCAAUUAAGCGACCACAGUAACAACAGAGAGUCGUCGCUCGAUGACUCCGGAGUCGUGGAUGACCACGACGAGGGUGAACACACCUCCGAUGACCAAGCACCACAACAUCGACGACACCUACUUCCCCACCCUACCACUUUACCGCUAAAACAAGAAAAUAAGAAACUGGAAUCAAAACUAAAGAAUGGUUCAAAAACAGAAAUACAAGUGGAACCCGCAAAAAAGAACGAAAAAAGCACCAUACAUGAGAGAUAUCCUUUGAACCCGGACUACCUCAACCAGAUCGUAGUUCUAGGGGCGGACUGGCCAUACAAGCGAACGCCCGACCUCCCCCAAGCGGAGACGACGAAAAUUAAUGAGCUCAGUUUAUUGGCAGCCACGCACAAAUCUCAUAUGGGCAAUUAUGAACCAAAUUGCACUUACUUCACAGAUGAGCUAGUGGAUAGAAAUUGCGAGUGCUGCGUAACAUGUUGUAUAGACUAUGAGGGCUGGCUGCAAUUUCAAAACUGUUUGUAUGGAAUAGUCAAAGAUCCAUUAUUUGAACUAUUCAUAACUACUUGUAUAGUGCUUAAUACGCUUUUCCUGGCCCUUGAGCAUCAUGGGAUGAGUGAAAAUGUGAGACAAGCCUUAGAUAUAGGAAAUAAGGUCUUCACGUCAAUUUUUACAUUAGAAUGUAUUAUGAAAGUUAUGGCAAUGAGUAAAGACUUCUUCGCCUGCGGUUGGAACAUAUUCGAUUUAAUCAUCGUUUCUGCUAGUCUCUUGGAUCUUAUAUUCGAACUUGUAGAUGGCCUAUCUGUGUUAAGAGGCCUUCGUUUGUUACGUGUGUUAAAGUUAGCUCAAUCAUGGACUACUAUGAAAGUUUUGUUAAGUAUUAUAAUAUCGACAAUAGGUGCUCUUGGUAACUUAACGUUCGUGUUAGUUAUAGUUAUAUAUAUAUUUGCUGUUAUCGGUAUGCAGUUAUUCUCGAAAUCCUACACACCAGAGAAGUUCGAUCCUGAUCCCGUGCCAAGGUGGAACUUUAACGACUUCUUCCACUCGUUCAUGAUGAUAUUUCGUAUCCUUUGUGGAGAGUGGAUAGAGCCGCUAUGGGACUGUAUGCGAGCAGAGCAAGCUAGUGGUGCGGAGAGUUGUUUCUUUAUUUUCCUCCCCGCGCUGGUGAUGGGCAACUUCAUGGUGCUCAACCUCUUCCUUGCCUUGUUGCUUAAUAGUUUUAAUAGUGAAGAACUAAAGAAUCGAAAAGAGGAAGUAGGAGAGGAUUCAAAAUUAGCUAAGAGUUUCGAUAGAAUACGUUCAAUAGUAAGAAAAAAAGGUUUUCUUAUAUCUAGAAGUAAAGAGACUGAAAAAAAAUCUAAAUUAGAAGAGCUAGUAAAUGAAUUUAUGAUACAACAUCGUGCUAUGAAAGAGCAAAAAGAAUCAAUACCCAAUGAACAAAGAAUUUCUACAACUAUGCAGGAAACUAUUUUAUUUCCUCAUGACAACGUUUAUAGCCACAGUUACCAGGAAGCGUUAAAUAGGCCAAUAUCUGUUGGAUCUGAUUUUGCGUAUCCACAACUAUAUCAAGCAGGCAAUAAUUGUAAUCAUGGCAGUCAAGAAACACUUAAAGAUGUUCGAGAUUUAGCAGCGGAGCAUAAAAUAACGAGCAUAAGGGAAGACUCAAAGGAAAAUUUGGAUGAUACUGUAUCCACAGAUCAAAUAGCCGCUCAAAAACUACUUAAUCAAAUGUCAUCCGGUUAUCAUACACAGCCCUCGGAUUCUAGAGAUGAAAAUGAACAUUAUGAAAUGGCUCAAAUAUCAAGUAGAACCACUCCUGAAAAAAGACGUCACGGACUGUUAUAUGGUAGGGACCCACCAAAAAUACCUAGCGAAGAAGAUGUAAAACAUCCAUGGCAGACCCUAGUAUCAUAUGUGGAUGAAUUAACUGUUGGAGGAAGGAAAAAUUCAAAGGGCCAGUAUAUUGAUCCAAUGGGAAAAUUCCCUGGUUUCGGUAAGCAGAAGGAACCUAAAGUGCCUCAGGAUUGUUUUCCACGACAAUGCUACAAGCAAUGUCGUUGUUGGGAUGCAUGUAUUCGGACAAAUUUGGGUCAAAAGUGGAUGUUCAUACGAACAUUUGUUCUCCGUUACGUAGACACACCCGCCUUUGAGUGGUUUGUCCUUGUGCUAAUUUUUGCAUCCAGUAUCACUCUGUGUUUUGAAGAUAUUCACCUAGAAAAAAAUAUACCUCUUAAGAAAAUUUUGUACUGGACAAAUCUUAGUUUCUGUAUGAUUUUUGUCAUCGAGAUGUUCUUUAAAUGGAUAGCAUUGGGCUUUUACAGAUACUUUACUAGUUUUUGGACAUUAUUGGACUUUACUAUUGUUUUUGUGUCUGUGUUUAGUCUUCUUAUAGAGGAAAACGAAAAUUUAAAGGUUCUACGAUCUCUAAGAACUCUACGUGCUUUGAGACCUUUGCGAGCUAUUUCAAGAUGGCAAGGCAUGAGAAUUGUUGUCAAUGCACUUAUGUAUGCAAUACCCAGUAUUUUUAAUGUGUUAUUAGUUUGUUUAGUAUUUUGGUUGAUUUUUUCAAUUAUGGGAGUGCAGUUUUUUGGUGGAAAGUUUUUUAAAUGUGUAGAUGAUGAAGGCGAAUUAUUACCAUUAGAGAUAGUUAAUGAUAAAUGGGAAUGCUACUACAAUAAUUUUUCGUGGAUAAACUCUAAAAUAUCUUUUGAUCAUGUGGGAAUAGCAUAUUUGGCCUUAUUUCAAGUUGCAACAUUUGAGGGCUGGAUGGAAGUAAUGGCCGAUGCUGUGGACGCAAGAGGUGUUGAUCUUCAACCAGCGAGAGAAGCUAAUCUUUAUGCAUACAUAUAUUUUGUAAUUUUUAUUGUAUGCGGUUCAUUCUUUACAUUAAAUCUAUUCAUAGGAGUUAUUAUAGACAAUUUUAAUAUGCUUAAGAAAAAGUACGAAGGCGGAGUAUUAGAAAUGUUUCUUACGGAGAGCCAAAAGCACUAUUAUACAGCCAUGAAGAAGUUGGGUAGAAAGAAGCCUCAAAAAGUUAUAAAGCGGCCAAGGAAUCAGUUUUUAGCCAUGUUUUAUGACCUUUCUAAUUCACGUCGAUUUGAAAUAGCUAUAUUUGUUCUGAUAUUCUUAAAUAUGCUCACGAUGGGUAUAGAGCAUUAUGACCAACCGCAUUCAGUUUUCUUUGUACUAGAAGUCAGUAACGCAUUUUUUACAACAGUUUUUGGCUUAGAGGCUAUAGUUAAAAUAAUAGGACUCCGAUAUCAUUACUUCACGGUACCGUGGAAUGUUUUCGAUUUUUUGUUAGUUUUAGCAUCCAUCUUAGGUAUUCUUAUGGAAGAUAUAAUGAUAGAUUUACCAAUAUCUCCCACCCUACUCCGAGUGGUUCGAGUCUUUCGGAUAGGGAGAAUUUUAAGACUGAUUAAAGCCGCUAAAGGCAUAAGAAAACUGUUGUUUGCUUUAGUGGUGUCGCUACCAGCACUAUUCAAUAUCGGUGCCUUGUUAGCUCUCAUUACGUUCAUCUACGCAAUAAUCGGUAUGUCCGUGUUCGGACACGUCAAGGAACAGGGAGCUUUGGAUGAUAUUGUCAACUUUCAGACCUUUGGUAGAAGUAUGCAGCUUCUUUUUCGUCUAAUGACAUCAGCUGGUUGGAACGACGUUCUAGAGUCUUUGAUGAUUCAACCUCCUGAUUGCGAGCUGGGAGAUCAUGGCCACUCGAAUGGAAAUUGUGGGAGUCCGUUGCUAGCUAUAACCUACUUUACUUCCUUCAUCAUUAUUAGUUAUAUGAUUGUUAUAAACAUGUACAUAGCCAUCAUCCUAGAAAACUUCAAUCAAGCUCAUCAAGAAGAAGAAAUUGGUAUAGUUGAGGACGAUUUAGAAAUGUUUUAUAUCAGAUGGUCUAAAUACGACCCGCACGCUACGCAAUUUAUAAGUUUCGCUCAAUUAUCGGAUUUCAUUGCUUCUUUAGAUCCUCCGUUAGGAAUACCUAAGCCAAAUACAGUAGCCCUCGUAAGCUUCAACCUACCAAUUGCCAGAGGUAACAAAAUUCACUGCUUAGACAUAUUACAUGCACUGGUAAAACAUGUUUUGGGUCAUGUGGAAGAAACAGAUACGUUUAGGCAAUUACAAGAACAAAUGGAUAUUAAGUUUAAAAAACAGUUCCCUACAAGAAAGGAAUUGGAAAUUGUUUCCUCUACAAGAAUUUGGAAGAGGGAGGAUAAAGCGGCAAGGACAAUACAGCGAUCGUUUAGGGAAUACAUAAAGCGAAAGAACCGCAGUCCUUCACAAGAAGAAGAAAGCACAAAGUGGUCGCCAGGCCACGGAUGGGGUGGUAAGCUUAGUGCACUGUUGCAUGUUCGGAGGGGAUCUCACGCUUCGAGCAGGAAGUCUUCUAGAGCUUCUGAUGCUUCUGAUUUGAGCGAUGUCGGUGGUGCCUGGCUCAACUUACCCCUUCUUUUACUACCGGGGGCGGGUCCCAGUGAUAUGGUUCCCAGUUCUGAAACAGCUCCUCCGCGCAGACGGUCUGCCUAUGGUUUGCCACUUUUUCUUCGUCACCAGGAUGCCGUUGAUGAAGACAGCGGCAUGAAACGCGCAGGUUCACUUCGUUUAACUCCUCGGAGGAGUUCAGCUCGGAGGCCCACUCCACCCGCCCGAGCGAGUACUCCGUCGCCUCACGCUAGCAGCGCUGUCAGCAUCCUAGUUACUGAGGCUUCCCCUGACGCAGCCCCUCCACCGGCAGCGCCUCCGACUGUCGUCAGAGUCCUCGUCCAUAGGGAGAGUGAUGAACAGCCCAGCUGAUCUACACCAAACGAGCCCAAUGGCUCCGACUAGUCAAACUGAUGAGUGAGUGUCAAAGAUCGUAUGUGUUCACGCACGAACAGUGAUAUUAAACGUUUAUAUUGUGAUUUUAACUCGUAGCUCAGUAUUAAAACGAAUAGUAUAUCGACCGGUGACUUCCAAACGCAAUAAGUCAAAUUUGAUAAAAACGUAUUCACACGACAGACUACAGCUGUUUUUAAAUUUUAGGUACGCUUGUUUAGGAACGCCGAAUCGUUAGCUGUUUUUUACUUAUAGAUGUUUAAGUACCCUCGUUAGUAUAGAUUUUAAAGUUUGUAUAUUUACUUUGUUAUGUAAAUAAUUUCAGCUAGCGACUGAACGACAUGUGCCGGGUGUAUUUAAAAAAAAUGUAAUAACUUUUACACCGUCAAAGCACAUUUUGCAACUUACUCAACGUUAUCAAAUUGAAUUAUUAGACAUUUAGUCUACUCAUAUACUUCUAUAAUAUGAAAUAAAAGACAAACAAAUAGACGAUUAUGCAUAAACAUAGUUUUAACUUCACUGAUCCUGAACUCUCCUUAACCUACUUUAAUCGAGUUUCGUAUGCGAUAAAAAUUGUUAUUUUUAAGAAAUAAUUAGUCAAUAAUUGAUCCGCACAAAUAUAUUUAAUUCAAAUUUAGAAACAUUAAUACGAGACAAUAGUUCGACAUAGACUAAAAAUAUUAUAGACCAAAUUAAAUUAAUGCAAUUACUUGUCUGUUUCUCCUUAGAUUACUAGAACAGAAUGCAUGCAUCGUUUCGUUAACUUGUGCUAGAUUUACGUCUAAUACAAUUAUAUUUUACUUUUUUGAUAAGUAUUUAAUGGUUGUAAUAAAAGUGUCCCGUUACAGUUAAAAAUCAACAACAUAAAUAUAAAUAUUUAUGUACUAUAUGUCUUCAUGUCUUUGUAUAUCACUUCAUACUGGUUUAUUGAAACAAAUAUAGAAUGUCAUUCAUAAGAAUACGUAGAAUUGCGUUUACAAUUGUAAAAAUUUUAUUUUCUGUGUCAACUAUCAAGUAACGAAUAGUCAUUUAAAUGUCAGAUCAGAGAACAUUAGACUUGUCAUUUCAUCUCUAACACUAGACGAAGGAUAAAACAUAAUUUUGUACGUAUUGUUUCUCUGUAGAAAUUCACACAGCAAGUAUUAUAUUAUUUUAGCAUGUUCGCCCGUCCAUAAAGUUAUUGUUAAAUUAUUUUAAGUCAUGAAAGUCUAAAAGAAUUGAAAAAGUUACAUACAAUUGAUAUGUUUAAAAAUAAAAUUGCUAUUUAAAAUUAUAGAACUGUAUAUUUUAACGUCAAAAAUAUACAUGAUUAAUUUUAUUAUGUUCAUUUAUAUAAGUAAAUAAUGAAACCAAACUACAGACCAAAUCAUUUCAUAUACCAUUUAUAAGUUAUUAUUUGUAGGUAAAAUAUUAUGAAAACUUUUUUAAAAUUAUUAAUGUUACAUUUUUGACCCCCUACACUUUCUAAAAUGAAUAUUGGUACCACUGUGCUUUUACAAUAUAUACACCACAGCUUUCAAACUUAAAGUAGCAUUUAAACAGAAUAAAUCAAAUAUUAAUAUAAAAACGAUGUUAUAAACUUUUUAACCGCCUAGGCGUUUAUUAAUUAUUGUUCUAUCUUGUAAAUACGUAGUUAAAAAAAUGCAAUAAUUUUUCAUAAUUUUACGUAGUUAAAUAUAGAAUAUAAUUUAAAAAUAAUGUAUGAAGUAUGAUGUACAUUUUUGUCCAUGGCAACUUAAUAAAGGCCAUAGACAAUAUAAUCAUCGUUCCAUAACCCAUAAUCGUUUGAAAUGUGUAACAUAUUGAAUUGUAUUAUAUGUAAAUAAAGAUUUUAAGUGAGACCUGCGAAAUAUAAUUUUCUUCCGAGGAACAAUAUAUAAAUUAACCAUGUUGAAAACUAUGAUUAAAAAAAAUAUUGAGUA